UUCAAACAAAAUUAUUUACCAAAUCUAUAAAAAUCUUUACCUUAGUUGAGUUCAUCUGUUGACAUAAUAGUUUUAUUUCUUCUAUUUAACUCACAGUGAGAUCCUUGCAAAAUAUUUCGAAAAUGCUGUUCGGUAGUUUUCUAAACCGUUUUUCAGGGAUACGUCAUAAUGUAGCCAGUGUCGGGUUUCAACAAGUUCGUAACAAGUGGACCGACUGGCGAAUGCUUAAAGAUGCCAAGCGACGAAGGAUUGUGGUAGAUAAUGCGAAAGAUCGACUGCGUGUCAAUUCCUUGCGUAAAAAUACAAUCCUGCCUGUUGAGCUACGCGAGCUGGCAAGCGCUGAAAUCCAUGCUUUUCCUCGAGACACUUCACUGGUACGUGUUCGGGAACGGUGCGCUGUUACCUCGCGGCCCCGUGGCAUUGUGCAUCGGUGGCGCGUUAGCCGUAUCGUUUGGAGGCACUUCGCCGAUUACAAUAAAUUGUCUGGAGUGCAGCGAGCUAUGUGGUGAAUAAAACGAUCAU